AUGUCGUCGCUUGGGGUGGCCGGAGUAGGAGAUGACGGCCCAAAAACUGGUCGGAUGAACAGUAACAAAGCUGUUUUGGAAAUUAUUUUUUUUUGGGGGGAGGGGGGAAGGAGGAGAAAAAAGGAAGUGGGGCCCCUCGUUCGUAAUGGGACGUCACGUUUUUUAAAAGGUAUUUACGGUUGGCUGAUACUCGGAGCAUUUUUCCAAAUAAGAUCUAUAUUUGGGGUUCCAUUUCUGGCUGCUCUUCUAAUCUACAAACGGCGAAGAAUGCAUUUGUCAAUGUAUAGCAGCAUAGAAGAAUUCCUGCAAAGUGAUAACAAUCUCAGUCCAAUAAGGUACUCUUACUCAGAUAUUAAAAAGAUGACCAGUAGAUUCAAUGAGAAGUUGGGUGAAGGAGGUUAUGGCUCUGUAUUUAAAGGAAAGUUACGCAGUGGUCGAUUUGUAGCAGUUAAAAUCUUGGACAAGCCUAAAGCUAAUGGACAAGAUUUCAUAAGUGAGGUAGCUACUAUUGGGAGGAUUCACCAUUUUAAUAUGGUUCAACUUGUUGGUUAUUGUGUUGAGGGAUCAAAGCGUGCCCUAAUUUAUAACUUCAUCUCUAAUGGGUCUCUUGAUAAGUACAUUUAUUGUAAAGAAGGAAGCAACCCCUUAAGUUGCAGGAAAAUGUAUGAGAUUUCUCUUGGAGUGGCUCAAGGGAUCGAAUAUCUACAUCGAGGUUGUGACAUGCAAAUUCUACAUUUUGACAUCAAGCCUCAUAAUAUUCUUCUUGAUGAGCACUUCAUCCCAAAGAUUUCUGACUUUGGGCUUGCAAAGCUAUAUCCAGUAGGUAAUACCAUUGUCUCUUUGACAGCAGCAAGAGGAACAAUGGGAUACAUGGCUCCUGAGUUGUUCUACAAAAAUAUUGGAGGUGUCUCAUACAAAGCUGAUGUCUAUAGUUUUGGAAUGUUGUUGAUGGAAAUGGCAAGUAAAAGGAAAAAUUUGAACGCAACCAUAGAGCAUUCAAGCCAAAUUUAUUUUCCUCUUUGGGUCUCAAACCAAUUUUGCAUGGGCAAAGAGUUUGAGAUGGAUGAUGCUACAGAAGAGGAAAAGAAAAUGAUAAAAAAGAUGAUUAUAGCUGCUUUAUGGUGUAUACAAUUGAAGCCAAGCGAUCGUCCUUCGAUGAAUAAAGUUAUAGAGAUGCUUGAGGGAGAGGUUGAAUGCUUGCAACUCCCUCCCAAGCUUCUUUUAUGUCCACAACAAGAGAUGCCCAGAGACAAUCUUCAUGGUAAUUCGAAUCCAAUGUGUUCUAACACAGAGCUAACAUGUAGUACUCUGUCAGAUAUGAGUAGGACUCAACUAGAGUUUCAACUUUAA